AUGAACAGUCCCGAACAUGAAGUCCUUGUCCUGUUGCCGGUCACGCUGCUGGUGCUCCUUGCUGUUUGCUCGGAGCCGGCUGCUGGUGACGAUGCCCCGCAUACCCUGCAAAAGCGCUCGUCCCCUCCGAGGUCUCCUGCGAGGUCUCCUCCGAAGUCUCCUCCGAAACAGUGGACACAGCCCCCCCUAACGCUACAGGAGUCGCUCAACGGUCCCUGGUUCUUGAAGCCACAGGGGCCCAUGCAGAAGCCUGUGAAGGGCGGGAAGUGGAUUUGGGGGAUCGUCCCGGUAAAGAACAGGAAGCCGAACAGCGGAGGCGCCGGACCCUCCGGCAAGAAGAGCCCUCCCAGCGGCAAGAGGGGCAAGUAGUGCCGCUUUUAAAGACGCGUCCAAGCGACGCCCACGAGGACACCUCAUAUAUAAAUGUAAACAAUAUGAUUCAAUUGAAAGAGUAAAACAUGAAAUAAAAUGUACGCCAGUAAGAGAAA